AAGCGUUUGUGUCUCAGAAAUCUUAUUAUAAAAAAUACAACAGCUACGCGCGCACGUUGACUUUGGUCCUAUAUAUUUCUGUUUAAUAUUUAUAACGACUUCUGUGGCACAGUUUUCUGUGUUGGUGUUUUAACGAAAAAGGUGGAAUGGAAGUCACAUAUAUUGUAAUAAUAAUAAUAAUACUACCCGUGACACUUUAUUGGUUCUAUUGGAGAUGGACGCAUCGUCGGAUGUUGGAUCUGGCAAAAUCAGUUCCGGGACCCCCAGCUCUGCCUCUUGUAGGAAAUGCCCUACUCUUCAUGGUCAACCCUAAAGAACAAUUAAAAAUUGUAAACCAGUUAUUAAAUAAAUACGGAGAUUAUGUGAAGUUUUGGUUGGGCCCAGACUUGAAUAUUUGCGUCAAAAAUCCGGCGGAUAUAAGGUUCCUGUUGACAAGUAACAAAGUUACUCAAAAAGGUCCGGUGUAUGAAUUCUUCAAGAGCUUCGUAGGGCAUGGUAUUUUAUCUGGCGGUAAGCAUUGGAAGGCACAUCGGAAAAUUGUUAUGCCAUCGUACAACAAGAAAGCAGUAAAUCUAUUCAGUGCAGUGUUCAAUAAAGAGGCUGAAGAUUUAGCGAAAGUUUUAAGUCAAAAAGACCCGCAUCAGACAUUCAACGUUUACUUUGACGUUGUUCAUUGCACCACCCAGAGCGUGUGUCAAACACUAAUGGGACUUACGAAGGAAGAAUCCUUAAAUGUUGCCCGUUUGAGAGAAGUGAUGUUGGAGACACAUAAUAUGUAUCAAUUAAUUCAUUUAAAAAUGACAAGAUGGUGGUUACACAUACCUAUUAUUUACUAUCUGUCCGGAAGAAAACGAAUAGAAAAUAAAUAUAUUAAAAUGACUGAAGAUCUGUCAUCGGAUAUACUACAGAAAAGAAAAAACGCACUGAAACAUGAAGUCACAGAUGAAAAUAGUAUGAAUGCAGUUGAUAGACUAAUUUUAGAAGGUUUAGAUGAAAAAGAAAUAAAAUUAGAGGUUUUCACUCUAUUUACAACAAGUCAAGAGGCAUCGGCUAAAAUAGUCGCUGGUGUACUUCUAUUUCUUGCGCAUCUUCCCGAAUGGCAGGAGAAAGUCUACGACGAAAUCCUGGCUACGGUUGGCUUUACAGCUGAGGUUACUGAUGAACACCUGAAGAACCUUCACUACUUGGAUAUGGUGUACAAGGAAGUUCUGCGCUAUUUGGCCAUAGGGGCCAUGAUACAGAGAUCUGUCGAAAAAGAGAUAACUAUUAACAACGGUAAAAUAACCCUUCCGGUCAAAACGUCAUUGGUAAUACCGAUACACGAAUUGCAUCGCGAUUCUCGGUACUGGGACGAACCGAAUAAAGUGAAACCGGAGAGAUUCAUGCCGGAAAAUGUUAAGAAACGCGACCCAAAUGCCUUCGUACCAUUCAGUUUGGGGCCCAUGGAUUGUCUGGGUAGAGUUUAUGCGACAAAAUUAAUCAAAACAAUUGUUGUCCAAGUCAUCCGACAACUGAAGCUAGAAGCUGACGGAACGUUGGAAGAGCUGGAACUAGACAUCGCGAUAUCGGUGAAGUUUGCAAAAGGAUACAACAUUAGGGCGAAAAAACGAAACAAUGACGCAACAAGCGCGUGAAACCAGGAUCAGAAUGUAUUCCGUGUAGAAAAUACGAAGCUUUUGAAGUUUUGCACGUAAUUAAAUAUACACAAGUGUUAAUGAUAUUUUGUGUUUCUCCUGUAUAAAUAAAAUAGUUAUUAUAAGA